GCGUGAGCGGCGCUGUUUGAAACGUCAUCAAGCUGCGACAUUAGCCGGGUGUUUCUGUUAGCUUAGCAUGUAAAGUCCCGCACAAAUAAGACGAAUUAUUGUAUUUUAUCCACUAUAAAUCAUGUUUUUGUAACGGAAAUCCAUUGGUCGUGUGUCCCGUGAGCCCACUAUGAGCGGGGGUUUAGCACCGAGCAAAAGCACCGUGUACGUGUCCAACCUGCCCUUCUCUCUGACCAACAAUGACUUACACAAGCUGUUCACCAAAUAUGGAAAGGUGGUAAAGGUUACCAUUGUGAAGGAUAAAGACACUCGCCAGAGUAAAGGAGUGGCAUUUGUUCUCUUCCUGGACAGAGAAUCGGCACAUAAUUGUACAAGAGCAAUAAACAACAAACAACUAUUCGGCAGACAAAUUAAAGCCAGCAUUGCCGUAGACAACGGCAGAGCAACUGAGUUCAUCAGGAGACGGAACUACACAGACAAGACGAAAUGUUACGAAUGCGGGGAUACAGGACAUCUUAGCUACGCAUGCCCCAAAAACAUGCUCGGAGAGAGGGAACCUCCGAAGAAGAAAGAAAAGAAAAAGAAGAAAAAGUUACAACAGUCUGAGCAAGUUGAAGAAGAGCCAGAAAGUGAAGAAGAGGGAGAAGAUCCAGCCUUGGAUAGUUUAAGUCAAGCUAUAGCUUUUCAGCAAGCCCACGUCGAGGAAGAGGAGAAAAAACAGAGGAGGCAAGCAGAAGAGGACAGUGCUCAUGCGUCGACAUCCUCCGAAUCCAAGAAGCGAAGGAUCAAAAAAAGUGCAUACUUCAGUGACGAGGAGGAGCUCAGCGACUAAUAACUUAAACAGACUUAAAGAACAUUUUUAUAAUUUUUUUCAUAGUAUUUCAAAAGCUGUAUUUUGUUUAGCAAUAUGGUGUUUAAACAAAGAAAAGAGAGCCGCCACUAACAGAUGACCCCUGCACCCCCCCAAUAAACCUUUUAAUAAAUGCAAAAAGCUGAAUUAUUCAUGGCGUGACUGUGUCUAUGAAGAUUGUUUGUUCGUUUUUAUCACUCAAUAAAAUCUUGACUUAA